CUGCACUGGCCACAGCCUGCCUACUGUCACACGCUCUCCCGCGCGCAGACACACACCCGCCUCUCCUCCGCACAAAGACGGCGCGGGCGCGGGGUGACACUGGGGGGCAGCGCACGUGGGAGCCCCGCGGCUGCUCACAUCCAGGUGCUUAUUCCAUGGAGCUGGUUCGCUCAAGGAUCUAGGUGUUUCCCAGCUCCGGAAAGAAGAGAAUUCCUUCAGGAAGAUCAGAAACGACUGAUUUGGGUUCUACUCUGUGCUUCCAAAUCCCCAAUUCUGCCUGAUAGUGAGACACUCUGGGACUGUAGAACCCCAGAAACAUCCAGCCAAACCCACUUCCACCAUGGGGGCCAUGACUCGGCUGUUGGCAGGCAUCUUCCUAGCUUUGCUCGCCCUCUCUACGGAAGGUGGGGUCCUCAAGAAAGUCAUCCGGCACAAGCGAGAGAGUGGGGUGAAUAUCUCCCUGCCAGAGGAAAACCAGCCAGUGGUGUUUAACCAUGUCUACAACAUCAAGCUGCCCAUGGGGUCCCAGUGCUCAGUGGAUCUGGAAUCAGGCCAUGGGGAGAAAGACCUGGCCCCGCCAUUGGAGCCCAGUGAAAGUUUCCAGGAGCACACAGUGGAUGGAAACAACCAGAUCGUCUUCACACACCGCAUCAACAUCCCCCGCCGGGCCUGUGGUUGCGCAGCUGCUCCUGACGUCAAAGAGCUUCUGAGCAGAUUGGAGGAGCUGGAGAACCUGGUGUCUUCCCUGCGGGAGCAGUGUACCACAGGAGCAGGCUGCUGUCUCCAGCCUGCUGAAGGCCGCCUGGACACCAGACCCUUCUGCAGUGGCCGGGGGAACUUCAGCGCUGAAGGAUGUGGCUGUGUUUGCGAACCGGGCUGGAAAGGCCCCAACUGCUCUGAGCCCGAAUGUCCAGGCAACUGUCACCUGCAAGGCCAGUGCCUGGAUGGGCAGUGCCUCUGUGACGAGGGCUUCACCGGGGAAGACUGCAGCCAGCUGGCCUGUCCCAGCGACUGCAAUGACCAGGGCAAGUGCGUGAAUGGGGUCUGCAUCUGUUUCGAAGGCUACGCCGGCGCCAACUGCAGCCAGGAGGUCUGCCCGGUGCCCUGCAGCGCGGAGCACGGCAGGUGCGUGGACGGCCAGUGCGUGUGCCAAGAUGGCUUUGCCGGCGAAGACUGCAAUGAGCCCCUGUGCCUCAACAACUGCAACAACCGCGGGCGGUGCGUGGAGAACGAGUGUGUGUGUGACGCGGGCUUCACGGGCGAGGACUGCAGCGAACUCAUCUGCCCCAAGGACUGCUUCGACCGCGGCCGCUGCAUCAACGGCACCUGCUACUGCGAAGAAGGCUUCACAGGCGAGGACUGUGGUCAGCUCACCUGCCCCAACGCCUGCCGCGGCCAGGGCCGGUGCGAGGAGGGCCAGUGUGUGUGCGAUGAGGGCUUUGCCGGCGUGGACUGCGGCGAGAAGAGGUGUCCGGCCGAUUGUCACAACCACGGCCGCUGCGUAGACGGGCAGUGUGAGUGUGACGACGGCUACACAGGAGCUGACUGCGGAGAGCUGCAAUGUCCCAACGGCUGUAGUGGCCACGGCCGCUGUGUCAAUGGGCAGUGCGUGUGUGACGAGGGCUACACCGGGGAGGACUGCGCCCAGCUGCGGUGUCCCAGCGACUGUAACAGCCGGGGCCGCUGCGUCCAGGGGAAGUGUGUGUGCGAACAAGGCUUCCAGGGCUAUGACUGCAGUGAAAUGAGCUGUCCCCACGAUUGCCACCAGCACGGCCGCUGCGUGAAUGGCAUGUGCAUCUGUGACGACGGCUACACGGGCGAGGACUGCCGGGAGCUGCGGUGCCCCAGGGACUGCAGCCACCGGGGCCGCUGUGUGGACGGGCGGUGCGUGUGCGAGGACGGCUUCACCGGCCCCGACUGCGCAGAGCUCUCCUGCCCGAGUGACUGCCAUGGCCAGGGCCGCUGUGUGAACGGGCAGUGUGUGUGCCACGAAGGCUUCACGGGCAAAGACUGCAAGGAGCGGAGGUGUCCCAGCGACUGUCACGGCCGGGGCCGCUGCGUGGACGGCCAGUGCAUCUGCCAGGAGGGCUUCACGGCUCCAGACUGCGGGCAGAGGUCCUGCCCCAAUGACUGCAGUAACUGGGGGCAGUGCGUGGCAGGCCGCUGCAUCUGCAAUGAGGGCUACACAGGGGAAGACUGCUCAGAGGUGUCCCCUCCCAAAGACCUCAUCGUGACAGAAGUGACGGAAGAGACUGUAAACCUGGCCUGGGACAAUGAGAUGCGGGUCACGGAGUACCUCGUCACGUACACUCCCACCCACGAGGGCGGCCUGGAAAUGCAGUUCCGUGUGCCCGGAAACCAGACAUCCACCAUCAUCCAGGAGUUAGAGCCUGGCGUGGAGUAUUUCAUCCGUGUGUUUGCCAUCCUGGAGAACAAGAAGAGCAUCCCCGUCAGUGCCAGGGUGGCCACUUACUUACCUGCACCUGAAGGCCUAAAGUUCAAGUCCAUCAAGGAGACAUCUGUGGAAGUGGAGUGGGAUCCUCUGGACAUUGCUUUCGAAACAUGGGAGAUCAUCUUCCGGAAUAUGAAUAAAGAAGACGAAGGAGAGAUCACCAAAAGUCUAAGGAGGCCAGAGACCACGUACCGGCAAACAGGCCUAGCUCCUGGGCAAGAGUACGAGAUCUCUCUGCACAUUGUGAAGAACAAUACGAGGGGGCCAGGCCUGAAGAGGGUGACAACCACCCGCUUGGACGCCCCCAGCCAGAUCGAGGUGAAAGAUGUCACAGACACCACUGCUCUGAUCACCUGGUUCAAGCCCCUGGCUGAAAUCGACGGCAUCGAGCUCACCUAUGGUGUCAAAGAUGUGCCAGGUGACCGCACCACCAUCGAUCUCACACAGGAUGAGAACCAGUACUCCAUCGGGAACCUGAAGCCAGACACGGAAUACGAAGUGUCCCUCAUUUCACGCAGGGGUGACAUGUCCAGCAACCCGUCCAAAGAGACCUUCACGACAGGUCUGGAUGCUCCCAGGAAUCUCCGUCGUGUCUCCCAGACAGACAACAGCAUCACCCUGGAGUGGAGGAAUGGCAAGGCGGCCAUCGACAACUACAGAAUAAAGUACGCACCCAUCUCUGGAGGGGACCACGCUGAGGUCGAAGUCCCGAGGAGCCCACAAGCCACAACCAAAACCACACUCACAGGUCUGAGGCCGGGAACUGAAUAUGGAAUUGGAGUGUCUGCUGUGAAGGGAGACAAGGAGAGCGAUCCGGCCACCAUCAACGCGGCCACAGACCUGGACGCGCCCAAGGACCUUCGGGUUUCUGAAACUGCGGACUCCAGCCUGACUCUGGUGUGGAGAACUCCAUCGGCCAAGUUUGACCAUUACCGCCUCAACUACAGCCUUCCCUCUGGCCAGCCAGUGGAGGUGCGGCUUCCCAAAGCCACCACCUCCUAUGUCCUGAGAGGUCUGGAACCUGGACAGGAAUACCCCAUCCUCCUCACCUCAGAGAAGGGCAGACACAAGAGCAAGCCUGCACGUGUAACGGCAUCCACAGACCACACCCCUGAACUGGAAAACCUCACGGUGACCAAGGUUGGCUGGGAUGGCCUCAAACUCAACUGGACCGCAGCUGACCAGGCCUAUGAGCACUUUGUCAUACAGGUGCAGGAGGUCAACAGGGUGGAGGCAGCUCAGAACCUCACGGUGCCCGGCAGCCUGAGGGCAGUGGAAGUCCCGGGCCUCAAGGCCGCCACCCCUUAUAGAGUUACCAUCUACGGGGUGAUCCGGGGCCAUAGAACACCAGUGCUGUCUGCUGAGGCCUCCACAGGGGAAAGUCCCAAUUUGGGAGAGGUCACGGUGUCCAAGCUGGGCUGGGAUGCCCUCAAGCUCAACUGGACCGCUCCGGAAGGAGCCUAUGAACAGUUUCUCAUUCAAGUGCAGGAGACUGACAGAGUAGAGGCAGCCCAGAACCUCACAGUCCCAGGAGGACUGAGGUCCGUGGACUUGCCUGGGCUCAAAGCAUCCACUCGUUAUAGCAUCACCAUCCGCGGGGUCACUCGAGACUUCAGCACAGCCCCUCUGUCUGUUGAAGUCUUGACAGAGGAGGUUCCAGAUCUGGGAAACCUCACAGUGACCGAGGUUAGCUGGGAUGCCCUCAGACUGGACUGGACCACCCCAGAUGAGAUCUAUGAGCAGUUUGUCAUUGAGGUCCAAGAGGCUGACCAGGCCAAAGAAGCUCACAGUCUCACAGUUCCUGGCAGCCUGCGCUCCGUGGAAAUCCCAGACCUCAGGGCUGGGACCCCUUACACAGUCACCCUGCACGGCAAGGUCAGGGGCCGCCGCACUCGACCCCUUGCUGUCGAGGUCAUCACAGAGGAGCUCCCUGAGCUGGGAGACUUAGUCGUGACCGAGGCUGGCUGGGAUGGCCUCAAACUCAACUGGACCGCAGCUGACCAGGCCUAUGAGCUCUUUGUCAUACAGGUGCAGGAGGUCAACAGGGUGGAGGCGGCUCAGAACCUCACGGUGCCCGGCAGCCUGAGGGCAGUGGAAGUCCCGGGCCUCAAGGCUGCCACCCCUUACAGAGUUACCAUCUAUGGGGUGAUCCGGGGCUAUAAAACACCAGUGCUGUCUGCUGAGGCCUUCACAGCCGGAGAACCUGAAAUUGGAAACUUAAAUGUUUCCGCCAUAACUCCUGAGAGCUUCAAUCUCUCCUGGACAGCUACUGAUGGGGCCUUCGAGACCUUUACCAUUGAAAUUAUUGAUUCCAAUAGGUUCCUGGAGACGAUGGAAUAUAACGUCUCUGGUGCUGAACGAACUGCCCACAUCUCAGGGCUCCGCCCUAGUAACGAUUUUAUUAUCUACCUCUCGGGACUUGCUCCCAGCAUCCGGACCAAAACCAUCAGUGCCACAGCCACCACAGUAGCCGAACCUCUCCUUAGCCACCUCACUGUCUCAAACGUGACCUGGGGUAGUGUGUCCAUCUCGUGGGAAGCUCAGGAGUCUGCCUUUGAUAGCUUUCUUAUAGAAGUUAGGAAUUCUGACCACCCCCAGGAGACGGUGGUACAUUCUGUGCCUGCAGCAUCUCGCAGCUCGGUCAUCACCAACCUCAAAGCAUCUUCUAAUUACACUGCCCACCUUCAUGGGCUGAUUGGCGGGCAGCGUGCUCAGACCCUGAUGGUCCAAGCAACCACAGAGCCAGAGCCACAGUUGGGCAUACUAAUCCUUAGCAAUAUUACUCCUGACAGCUUCAACGUGUCAUGGACCACUCGAGCUGGGCCUUUUGCAAAGAUUGUUAUCAAUGUUAGUGAUUCUCAGUCGCUCCAUGAGUCACAGCAAUUCACAGUCUCAGGAGAUGCACAGCAUGCUCACGUCACCGGCUUGGUGGAGAACACUGGCUAUGAUGUUAGUGUGACAGGGACCACCUGGGCUGGGGACCCCAGCAGACCCCUCACUGCCUUUGUCGUGACAGAGGCCCUGCCCCUUCUGGAAAACCUAACAAUUUCCGACAUUAAUCCCUACGGGUUCACAGUUUCCUGGAUGGCAUCGGAGAAUGCCUUUGACAGCUUCCUAGUAACGGUGGUGGAUUCUGGGAAGCUGCUGGAUCCCCAGGAAUUCACACUUUCAGGAACCCAGCGGAAGCUGGAGCUCAGAGGCCUCAUAACUGGCAUUGGCUAUGAGGUUAUGGUCUCUGGCUUCACCCAAGGGCACCAAACCAAGCCCUUGAGGGCUGAGAUUGUUACAGAAGCCGAGCCGGAAGUUGACAACCUUCUGGUUUCAGAUGCCACCCCAGACGGUUUCCGUCUGUCCUGGACAGCUGAUGAAGGGGUCUUCGACAGUUUUGUUCUCAAAAUCAGAGAUACCAAAAAGCAGUCUGAGCCACUGGAAAUAACCCUACUUGCCCCCGAACGUACCAGGGACAUAACAGGUCUCAGAGAGGCCACUGAAUAUGAAAUUGAACUCUAUGGAAUAAGCAAUGGAAGGCGGUCCCAGCCAGUCAGUGCUAUAGCAACAACAGCUAUGGGCUCCCCAAAGGAAAUCAUUUUCUCAGACAUCACUGAAAACUCCGCCACUGUCAGCUGGAUGGCGCCCACUGCCCAGGUGGAGAGCUUCCGGAUUACUUACGUGCCCAUUGCAGGAGGGACUCCCUCGGUGGUAACUGUGGAUGGAACCAAGACUCAGACCAGGCUGGUGAAGCUCUUACCUGGUGCGGAGUACCUUGUCAGCGUCAUCGCCAUGAAGGGCUUUGAGGAAAGCGAGCCUGUCUCUGGAUCAUUCACCACAGCGCUGGAUGGCCCGUCUGGCCUGGUGACAGCCAACAUCACUGACUCAGAAGCCUUGGCCAUAUGGCAGCCAGCCAUCGCCCCCGUGGACAGUUACGUCAUCUCCUACACGGGGGAGAGAGUGCCAGAAAUUACACGCACGGUGUCCGGGAACACGGUGGAGUAUGCGCUGACUGGUCUCGAGCCUGCCACGGAAUACACGCUGAGGAUCUUUGCGGAGCAAGGGCCCCAGAAGAGCUCAGCCAUCACUACCAAGUUCACAACAGACCUCGAUUCUCCAAGAGAUUUGACUGCUACUGAGGUUCAGUCGGAAACUGCCCUCCUCACCUGGCGACCCCCCCGGGCGUCUGUCACCGGUUACCUAUUGGUGUAUGAAUCCGUGGAUGGUACAGUCAAGGAAGUCAUUUUGGGUCCAGACACCACCUCUUAUAGUUUGGCAGAGCUGAGCCCAUCCACCCACUACACGGUCAAGAUCCAGGCAUUGAAUGGGCCCCUGAGGAGCAAGCUAGUCCAGACUUUCUUCACCACAGUUGGACUCCUGUACCCAUUCCCCAGGGACUGCUCCCAAGCGAUGCUGAAUGGAGACACGACCUCGGGCCUCUACACCAUUUAUCUGAAUGGCGAUAAGGCCCAGCCGCUGGAAGUCUUCUGUGACAUGACCUCUGAUGGGGGUGGAUGGAUUGUGUUCCUGAGACGCAAAAAUGGACGUGAGGAUUUCUAUCGAAACUGGAAGGCCUAUGCUACUGGGUUUGGGGACCGCAGAGAAGAAUUCUGGCUUGGGCUGGACAACCUGAACAAAAUCACAUCCCAAGGGCAGUACGAGCUGCGAGUAGACCUGCGGGACCACGGGAAGUCAGCCUAUGCUGUCUAUGACAGGUUCAGCGUGGGUGAUGCCAAGACGCGCUACAAGCUGAAGGUGGAGGGGUACAGCGGGACAGCAGGUGACUCUAUGGCCUAUCACAAUGGCAGAUCCUUCUCCACCUAUGACAAGGACACGGACUCAGCCAUCACCAACUGUGCCCUCUCCUACAAGGGGGCUUUCUGGUACAAGAACUGUCACCGUGUCAACCUGAUGGGGAGAUAUGGGGACAAUAACCACAGUCAGGGUGUUAACUGGUUCCACUGGAAGGGCCAUGAAUAUUCAAUCCAGUUUGCUGAGAUGAAGCUGAGACCCAGCAACUUCCGAAAUCUUGAAGGCAGGCGCAAACGAGCAUAAAUUCCAGGGACAACUGGGUGAGAGAGAAGUAGGGCCCAGAGAAAGAAAAAAAUUUUACCAAAGCAUCGAUACAAUCAAUCUAACCACCAAGCCACACCUGGACAUUUGGCAGGAGUUAAAGUUGACCAUGGAUCAUCAGGGCCAAAGGCAGCAGCACUGUCCUGGCCCCCCUCUGCAGUUACUUCCUUCACACCAAAGACGACAGUCUCCAACCUGUUUCCGUUUUGUUGUUUGAAUCAGCAAAAAUCUUCCAGUGACAGCAUCGCCAUGGUUUUCCUUCUCUUGGGUGGCUCUGGGAAUGGGAGAGGGGUAGGCUGUACAGUGGUAGUUUUAGGACCAGCUGUAUUUUACCCAAAGCUGUGUAAUUAAUUAUCAUUAUUUUUGUUAGCAAUGAGUCAAUGUGUGUCAUUGGAAGCCAUCCCUUUUUUUACAUUUCAUACAACAGAAACCAGAAAAGCAAUACUGUUUGGAUUUUAAGGAUAUGAUUAAUAUUAUUAAUAUAAUAAUGAUGAUGAUAAAAACUAAGGGUUUUUAAAGAGAUCUUCCUUUCCCAAACACAUCUGGACAGUACCUGAUUGUAUUUUUUUUUUUAAUAAAAGCACAAGUACUUUUAAA